CCGGAUUAGCGGCAGGGCUUUCAGAUCCGAACUCUACUUGUUAACCUGCUCCUGGGUCGGAACCACGAGCUCGCUCCAGCAGCUGGGGGACGGACAUGGCCUUCCUCAUGAAGAAGAAGAAGUUUAAGUUUCAGGUCCAUUUCACCCUGGAGGAGCUGACGGCGGUUCCGUUCGUUAACGGGGUUCUGUUCUGUAAGAUCCGCCUCGUGGACCGGGGGAACUUCGCAGUUCUGUCAUCCAGAGAGGAGGUGCAGCAGAACUGUGUUCGUUGGGAGAAGAGGUUCUCCUUUGUGUGUAAGAUGAAUUCUAAUCCAGCCACUGGAGUCUUGGACCCGUGCAUCUGCAGAGUCUCUGUACGGAAGGAGCUGAAGGGAGGGAAGACCUUCUCAAAGUUGGGUUUCGCUGAUCUCAACAUCUCAGAAUUCGCUGGUUCUGGUUCUAUGGUCCGCUGCUGCAUCCUGGAGGGUUACGACACCAAGAACACCCGGCAGGACAACUCCAUCCUGAAGGUGACCAUCGGGAUGACCCUGCUCUCCGGAGAUCCCUGCUUUAAAACGCCUCCCAGUACGGCCAAGUCGGUGUUUACUGGUGCUGAGGAUCCAAACCUGCAGCUGGACUGUAAGGGGGAGGGCACCUACUCCUCUGGACCUCCAGCAGGUGGUGUCAGAGACGGUCCCGUCAAACCCCGACAGUCGUCAGUCCGGAGUUUAGGACUUCCAGAGCACGGAGAGAGCAUUUCCAACCCAGACGAGAUCUUCUGCCCCGGUCACAUCCGGAGGUCCAGUUACGCUAGUCAACACAGCAAAAUCUCAGGUUACAGCACAGGUCCUUCUCGCUGCUCCAGCCUGACAGACCUCAGUCCCCAUAGAGACGCCUCCUCCAGCAGUGGCAUUUCCUGUGGCCCCGCCCAUUCCUCUCAGGCUCCUCCCUGCACUCCCAGUGAGCCUCACCAACGGGCAGCACCGUCCAGACCAGAGAGACCUCCUCCCCCCUCUGCAGCCGCACUCCGGUCAUCCAGGAGGAAGAAACAGGGAGUGGAAUGCCCGCACAGCUGCGUGGAUGACACGCGCAUCGAUGCGGAUGACAUCGUGGAGAAGAUCAUUCAGAGCCAGAACUUCUCUGACAACAGCAGAGAUGAAGACAGCAACCUGAAGCUGUACGUCAGUAAAGAUGGAACCACGGCCCUGGGCCGGACGCAGCUCGCCAGCAGCGGAACUCCUGGAACCUUUGAGCCGGUUGUCAUCGAGACUCGCUGAUCAACGAGUCUGUAACGGUUCUGAUCCAGAUCCGUAUGUUCAGUCUGCUUCUCUGUGGGUCCAGAUUCUCAUAUGACCAGCACUACCAGGAGCCGGGCUCUGGAUCUGAGUCUCAGAAUUGUGGUUUGAGUUCAUUUCUAGUUUCUGUUGUUCUGGGUUUUUAGAGCCAGAAACGUUCGGUUCUGUAGAAUCUGAAUGAAUUUACUUCAAAUAUCCAGAACCGGGCCCCUUGGUUUCCAUUUGGUUUUUGCACAAAUGACCAUAAUGUAUUUAGUCAGAGACGCUCGGCGGGUACCAAAAUGGGUUUGGUUGGUUCUGCUCACAGGUCUGCAAACAUGUUCUGAAGCUGGAAUGAUGUGUGGAAUCACACUGGGAAUGUCUGCCGGGAAUACGGGUUUUCCCGUUUAAAAAAAAAAAGCAACCAUUGAGGAACAGGAUCCAAACUCCUCACAGAAACAGAACCGGUGCAGCAACACGGAUCCAGGAGCAGUACCAGGAUGAUUGUUGUUCUGAUGGUUCUGGAGCUCGGCUUUUCCCUCUCACAUCAAACUGCAGCUCCUAUAAAAAUUUCAGUGAGUUCUUCUCCGUUAAACCCAUCUUCUGCAGAUGCACCGAUUUUGACCUUUGGGCCGAUACCAACUUUAUUCAAAGAAUGACCAAAAUGAAAAUGGAUAUUCUGAUCAAAUUAAAUGUUCGUAUUUAGCCGGUUAAUCUGUUAGCAUAAAGUAGCCUUUAGUGAAUUUCAGAUUAGUUCUGAUUAAUCUGAUCUAUCUCGAUAUAUUCUGCAGCUCAGACGGUACCUGUUGGUGCAUCUCUAAUUAUCACACCCAGACCCAGAACCAGUGCAUUGUGGGAACUGUUUUCUAUCCGACUCACAUUUGGAGUUUUCCUGAAUCCAUGUUUGUUUCUAGGACUUGUUUUUCCCUAAAUGUUGUUUUAUGGGAUGGUUUUAUUGUUUUGAGGAUUCCUUCUUCUAUGAUUUAAAUGUAUUCAGACAAAUAAAAACAAAAAGGGAAAUUUGAGGUCAGAAUGAAUCCCUGAAACCUCGUUUAACUGGAUCUGAUUGGUAAAAACCUGGAAACCUUCAGCGUAUUAAAGUAAAAACAUCACAAAUAUCAGCCAAUCAGGAUCCAGGAAAUCCCCUGUGAACAGGUCAAACGAUCCUGCUGAAACAAAAACCUGAUUUUAAUCGUCUCAUCUGUUUCUCCUUGCUUGAAUCUUUUGGACAUUAAUAACCACUAAAGUAGUCCUGCUGACGUCGGGUUACGGAAGCACGCCGUCCGCUCCUGCUCGACUCCUUAAAUGUGUAUCAUGAAAAGGUUGUUGGGUCUAAGUAGAAAGUAGGAACUCGGGUUAUUCUACUGAAUGAAACCAUUAGAAACUUGCAAAACUGACGUAAGAUGAAAUAGCAGCUAAUGCUAGCUAGCACCAUACCGUACCAUAGCAGCUAAUGCUAGCUAGCAUGGUCCUGAAGUAACGAGACUCAUCUUGUUGUUAUUUUAAUCCUAAUUUAGAUUCACUAAUUAAUCCAGUGGGACUAAUUAACUCCAGUUUGACCUUUUAUAGCUCCUGAGGAAGCUGAAAGCUAAAUGGUCGUAGCGUUAGCUGCUAAUGACCUCACCCCGUUAGUUUCCCAACCCCGUUAGCUUAGAGUUAACAUUAUUAAAUCUCUGUGCAGUGACAGUCUGGUGUAGACACCUCCUAGUUUUCUGGUGUUUCAUUUCUCCAGAAGCAGAUAAAAAAGAUCUUCAUCUGCUAAAUCUGUGUUUUGGAGCUAACCGCCUUCCUAAAUAAUCCAAGUUGACAUUAAUUAAGUAAUGAAAGGUGGAAAAAGUCCAGUGUGGACUCCACUAAGUGCUUUGGAGCUGUUAGCUUGUUAACACCGAAGCUAAGUGCUCGCCCCGUAAUCAAAAGGUUGCAGGUUUUAGCCCUGCUCAGUCUGUCACUGUUGUUGUGUCCUUGAGCAAGACACUUAACCCACCCCCCCACCCCCGGCUGCUGGAGGUGGUCAGAGCGACCGGUGGCGCCAGUGCUCGACAGUGUUGUAACACGCCUUGGGGGGUUCCAAGACUCUAGAAGGCGCUAUAUCAAAAACAGGGUUAUUUACUGUUUAGCUGCUAGCAGACCUGCUAGUUGCUAGCUUCCCUGUUUUUGUGCCGAGUUAUUUAUUCGGUUAAAGUUUUAACUCUUUACUGCUAGCAUGCUAGUUGCUAACUGCUCCGCGGUAUUUUUAUACCAACGGAAGGAAAAGUGUGGACACUGAUGAUGUUUUUGUAAAUCAAAGAAACUUUAUUGAGGGAACAUUUAGAUGAACUGGUUUUAGUAUCUAGUUUUUUUUUUAUUUGGUGUGUAGGUUAAAUGACGAGUUGGAGCUCAGAUCCUGUCCCUUCUCUUAAGUGAGUCUAAAGAACCAGAACCAGACCGGGUCUCUGUGAGGCUGUUGGUACCAGAGUCUAAACAUCCAGUAGUCUGUGGUUCUAUUGGGCUGAGUUCUGGAUGCUUCCCAACCAUAAAAGGGACUUUUGUGUUUGUUAUUGGGAAUUCUGGUUCUGGUACCGUGGGGGUGGGGCUUCUGCUGAACUGAAAAAACAAAGUUCUGUUAAUCAUUUUGUUCUGAUCUGUUAGGAUGAGUGUUUUCUGUGGAGACGGUAAACAGAACCUUUACAGAGUCUUCUGGACCAGCGAGCUGGUCCUCAGGCUGGUUUUACUCAACAGAAUUUACUCCUGCGAUGUUAACUUCCUGUCUGGUGGUGUUAAACUGGUUUCACUGGGAUUUGGUUGUUUUAACUCUGCUGCUGCUUUAAUUCACAGAUCGGAGGUUUGAGGAAAUUCUGGAUCCACUACUUUUUAUUUAUAUGUUUUUUUAUUUAUAUUUAGGGAACGAUUUAACCAGAUGAUGAUUUAGCUGAAGGCAAAUGCCAGAAGAUUGUAUUCCUAUAAACCUUGGAACCACUGUAGGGUUUUAUAGGAGCUGUAACUGCUUUUACCUCCUUUUGUAAACAUAAUUAUGAAAGUCACGUGAGAUCUGAUAUUUUAUGUGUGUACUCUGUGAACCAAAUGUAAUAAAACCUGUGGUGAUUUUCCA